GAAGGCGCCAUGGAAGAAGGCGGUUUGCUCUGAGUCACUGUGACAACAAGAGGAAGCGACUCUUAGCUUAUAUGUGACAGGCGUUUCUCAGCUACCAGAGGAGCUGUAACUGGCAGCCAAGCUGUAAACAUGUGUGGAAUCUUUGCCUAUCUCAACUACCAGGUGCCAAGGACUCGCCGUGAGAUCCUUGAGAUCCUCCUCAAAGGUCUGCACCGUCUGGAGUACAGAGGCUACGACUCAGCUGGUGUGGGAAUUGAUGGUGGCAAUGGCAAGGACUGGGAGUCAAAUGCGAAGUCUAUCCAACUGAUCAAACAACGUGGAAAAGUGAAGGCUCUGGAUGAGGAGAUCAACAAGCAGCAGGAUAUUGACCUGGAUGUGGAGUUUGAUGUUCACCUUGGCAUUGCUCAUACCCGCUGGGCCACCCACGGUGCACCAAGCCCAGUUAACAGCCAUCCACACCGAUCUGACAAGAACAAUGAGUUCAUUGUCAUUCACAAUGGAAUUAUCACCAACUACAAAGACCUGAGGAAAUUCUUGGAGAGCAAAGGCUACGAGUUUGAGUCAGAGACCGACACAGAGUCAAUCGCAAAGCUGGUGAAGUACAUGUAUGACAACCGGGAAAAUGAUGACCUCAGUUUCGCUACACUGGUGGAACAGGUGAUACAGCAGCUGGAGGGAUCUUUUGCACUGGUCUUAAAGAGCGUCCACUACCCCGGAGAGGCAGUCGGCACAAGGAGGGGAAGUCCCCUGCUGAUGGGAGUGAGGAGUGAUCACAAGCUGUCCACAGAUCAUAUUCCUGUGCUCUACCGCUCCACCACUAAAGAAAAGAAGGGCUGCAGUCCCAUUCCCAGGCUGGACCAGGACACCUGCUUGUUCCCUGUGGAUGAGAAAUCCGUGGAGUACUACUUUGCCUCUGAUGCAAGCGCAGUGAUCGAGCACACAAACCGAGUGAUCUUCCUGGAGGACGACGACGUGGCUGCCGUGAUGGAAGGCCGCCUGUCCAUCCACAGGAUAAAGCGUAGGGCCGGAGACUACCCUGCCCGCGCCAUCCAGACCCUGCAGAUGGAGCUACAGCAGAUCAUGAAGGGCAACUACAGCUCCUUCAUGCAGAAGGAGAUCUUUGAGCAGCCAGAGUCUGUGGUCAAUACCAUGAGGGGGAGAAUCAACUUUGAGAACAACACAGUGACACUGGGUGGACUGAAGGACCACAUCAAAGAGAUCCAGAGGUGUCGGCGUCUUAUCCUCAUUGCCUGCGGCACCAGCUACCACGCCGGGGUAGCGACCCGCCAGGUCCUGGAGGAGCUCACCGAGCUGCCUGUCAUGGUGGAGCUGGCCAGCGACUUCCUGGACAGGAACACUCCCGUCUUCCGAGACGACGUCUGCUUCUUCAUCAGCCAGUCAGGGGAGACCGCUGACAGCCUCAUGGCCCUGCGCUACUGUAAGGAGAGAGGAGCUCUGACUGUGGGCGUCACCAACACAGUGGGCAGCUCCAUCUCCAGGGAGACUGACUGCGGAGUCCACAUCAACGCCGGGCCUGAGAUCGGAGUAGCCAGCACCAAGGCCUACACCAGCCAGUUUGUGGCCCUCAUCAUGUUUGCGCUCUUGAUGUGCGAUGACAGGAUUUCCAUGCAGCCCAGACGCCGAGAGAUAAUCCAGGGCCUGAGAGUGCUUCCAGAUCUGAUUAAGGAGGUCCUCAGUUUGGAUGAUGAGAUCCAGAAGUUGGCAACAGAGCUGUACCAGCAGAAGAGUGUACUGAUCAUGGGCAGAGGUUACCAUUAUUCUACCUGCCUGGAAGGAGCACUGAAAAUCAAGGAAAUCACAUACAUGCAUUCAGAGGGCAUCCUGGCUGGAGAGCUGAAACACGGCCCCCUGGCGCUAGUGGAUAAACUCAUGCCGGUCAUCAUGAUCAUCAUGAGAGACCACACCUACACCAAAUGUCAGAACGCCCUGCAGCAAAUUGUUGCCCGCCAGGGCCGUCCCAUCGUGAUCUGUGACAAAGAUGAUUACGAGACCGCCAAGUGCUCCAGCCGCACCAUCAAAGUGCCUCACUGUGUGGACUGCCUGCAGGGCGUCCUGAGCGUCAUCCCGCUGCAGCUGCUGUCCUUCCACCUGGCUGUGCUCCGAGGUUACGACGUGGACUGUCCAAGAAACCUGGCCAAGUCUGUGACCGUAGAGUGAACCGCACCAUUCAUCACAUAACAACAGAAGCCUGGCGGACGCACAUUCAAACACGUACAGAUGGCGAGGGAACGUCUGUACGCAGAAACCAAGAGAAAACUAUGUCCCGUUUAUGUGUCUCGUGUCACGGCUCUUUUUAAUGCAAUCUUUUAUUCAACAGUUGUGUACCUCACUGUUGCAUACCAUCUGUAUCUCACUGUCUAUUUUUCCCAGGAACCUUUGGCAUCAUUGUCGUAUUAUUGUUAGAGAAGCGGUUUUGUCCGUGGUGGCGAGGUCAGGGCUGGCGCUGACAUAUGUUCAUAACGCUCUGGGUUUGUGAAGCUGUAGAAACCGACAGUGACCGUGUUUAUUUGUGCUGAUUAGUCUCACUGGGAGCUGCUGUUAAAGCCGUUGACUGACAGAGGUUGUGUUUUAAAGACCUUACUGGCUCUUUUUUUUUUCUUUUAGUGCAAUGAUUUGAAGUUUAGUUUGGAUAUUUUUUUUUGGCAGCUAAUCAUUUGAAGUGUCUUUACUCCACAGUUGAAGUAAACGACCGCCUUAAAUCAUUCCAAGCCACAGGUCAUCGCUUCUUUGUAAUUGCAGCUCAGUUUGCCAGUUUUGACUCGCUUGGACUUUCUUCUGAGGCCACGCAACUUACUGCAAGAGCAACAUCACAAAUUAGAUCACAGAAAAACUUGCAAAUAUACACUGCUGUGUAAAAUCUUCUUGGGUAGGUUACAAAAGCUUGUUCUUGUGUAUAAACUUAGUGUUUCGGAUUUCAAUCUCUGGUCUCGGUAGGCUCACUUAUCGAGAAUGAGCCUCGUUUACUGAGCCACCUACACCAGAGUGUGAGAUUUAAUUUUGUUACCAUAAACUGUUUCUGCUUUUACCGUUCUCUGUACAUUAUACUCUCACUUUAAAGCUAUUUAUGCACAAUUUAGUGUUUGAUUGUUCGUCUCCAGUUUACAUUUAAACUAUAAACUGAAGUGAUUCAAGUGAGAUGAAGUUACUAACCUGAAGUAGAAGUUGCACCCAGUUGCCAGCCCACACCUCACCACCACAAAUACUGCAAUAUUGGGACCAUUUGUAGCUAUUCUUUCUUUCUUUUGUUAUAUUUAAUUUCCUUUUUAUUUUUUUUUAAGGACUUUUAUAUUAUUGAAGUUACUCUUGAUUUGAAAUGUGAAUGUCACUGUCAUUUGUCCUGUCAAACCAAAAUAUCUCUACAAUGGCUUUGGCAAUUGUAAACCAAAACAUAUAUAUUUUAUAUGUUCAUCCUAUAUUGUAGCCAAACAUGUUACUGAUGCUGGUAGAUGUGUGUGUGUGGUAUGAAGACGCUUUGAGGCCUAUACACAGAUUUAUGGCAGUAUGUCAUACUGCAGAUGUUUAUUUAGAUAGAAAGUCAGAUGCCAGCUGUGUGUGUGAUAUCUCAAAUGUCUUUGUUUCAAACGCCAAGGAUAGAUUGGUGUUGUACACACACACACAGUUGUGUAGUGAAGAAAUAGGAGCUGCUUGUUUUCUUUUCUAAGCCCAUCGCAUAUUUUAGGUUUAAAAAUAUUUAUCUUGCUUUUGCAAUCAAGCCUUAACGCGACUUUUGCAUUUAUUUUCCCCCUCAAACAUUGAGCUUCUCCCGAGGCAGAGUUGAAAACUGGACAACGUUGUUACAGGUACUUUUGUAACCCACAUACAUGCUGUAAGCAGAUUAGCAGAUUUAGAUUUCUUUUGACUGGAAGAGGCAUUGGCAAAGGAUGCUGCACUGAAUCUCAGCAGCAUCUGUUGGAAACUGUUGGGUUACUGAGGGAGUGGGGCACUGUUUAUUAGUGGAACCGAUGCAAUAAAGUGUCAAGUACUUCCCUUU